AUGAGGUCCAACUUGCGUUCAGCAAGCAGGCCGAGAUACCGUCAAUAUCAUGGCCAUGGCCCAGCAGCCACCCGUCGCCCCUUUGGCUCAUCCAGCUGCCGCCGGAAUUAUGCCGCCACGCUGGACAACCUCCGCAUAGGCUCCAAGACACGCGUUAUUUUCCAAGGUUUCACCGGCCGCCAGGCUACCGCAAAUGCGCAGGAAUCGAUCGCGUGGGGCACAAACAUAGUCGGCGGCGUGACACCGGGGAAGGAAGGCGAGCAUCUCGGGCUCCCCGUCCUGCCGUCGGUCCGGAGGGCCAUGGAGGAGCUCAAGCCCGACGCCACGGGGAUCUACGUGCCGGCCUCGAAGGCGACGCAGGCCAUCGAGGAGGCCAUCGAGGCCGAGGUCCCGCUCGUCGUGGCCGUGGCGGAACACAUCCCCCUGCACGACAUGCUGAGGAUCCACAGCGUGCUGAAGACGCAGAGCAAGUCGAGGCUGGUGGGGCCCAACUCACCCGGGAUCAUCUCGAGCGCGAAGGGCGAGAGAUGCAGGAUCGGGUUCCAGCCGCUACCUUGUUUCAGUGAGGGGUGCAUUGGAGUAGCUGCCAAGUCUGGGACGCUCUCCUACGAGGCUGUUGCUUCCACGACGCGUUCCGGGCUGGGCCAGAGCCUCUGUAUUGGUGUGGGAGGAGACAUCCUGCCGGGCACAGACCUCGUGGAGGCUCUGCAGGUACUGGAGCACGACCCCAACACUAAAGGCAUCGCACUCAUUGGGGAGAUUGGUGGGGACGGCGAGACCCUCGCUGCGCAAUGGAUCACAGACUAUCAUGCCCGGACGCCCACGAACGAGUGGAAGCCCAUCGUGGCUCUCGUCGCCGGAACGCUGGCGCCGCCGGACAGGGUGAUGGGCCACGCCGGCGCGUUCUGGCUGCCGGGGGAGCCGCAUCCCAAGCAGAAGAUCCUGGCUCUUAGGAAUGCUGGGGUGACGAUGGUGAACCACCCAGCCAAGAUUGGGCCAGCACUGAGGAAGCUAAUCGACGACAACGAAAUGACCGCGGGUGAAAUCGAGGACGGGGCUGUCUUCGGAUCUAUAGAUGACUUUGCUACAGCGGCAUCAGGAGUCUUGGCCUCUCAGCAGAGGCGCGGCCUACAUACUUCUGUCCGGAGGCCCGUCAGCACCUUCGCACCCAGCAGAUCAUCCCCCAAGGCGUCAUGCCAGCAGACUCGGAGCCUCCAUCUCGACUGUUCAGCCAGCGAGAAGCUCCUCAAAGAAGGAAACCUAGGCUCAGGCCUCCAGUUCCAACGAUGGCCCGUUCGCUACCUCGCACUCGGCAUGGACCGGGCCACCCGCUCCCAGUGUCUGAUCACAGCAGUUCAUAACAGUCUGAAAGCCUGGUGGGACCCAACCAGAUACAACAAGAUCCUCCUGCCGCCCAGCGCUGCGGACAUCCUCGCCCUGGACGGCACCAAGCCGUGGGAUGACAUCGUGGCCACGCUCAUAGACAAGCUGUGGAUAGCUGACUCCCACGCGCCCAGCCUCAGCAACAUGUUGCGGGACCUGGGCCGCGUCUUCCGGGACAGGGAGGCCAAGCACGUGGGGCUCGAGUUCGGUGUGCGCCAGAUGAAAUCCAGUGGGGAUGCCCGGUUCCCCGUGUACGACCUGCGCAUCGACCUGGACGACGCCGCGUCCCGCAGCGGCGGGCGGCUCGCGGACGUGCACUACACGUACGGGGCGCUGGAGGCGCGGGACGAGGGCGCGAGGGAGGCCGAGGCCGAGGGCAUCGUCUAUCACCGGCUGAAGCCGGGGGACAAGGCGUUCAACAUCGGGACGCUGGUCAACGGGGCGGGCCUGGCCAUGAACACGGUGGACGCGCUAGCGGACCACGGGGGACGGGCGGCCAACUUCCUCGACACGGGCGGCAAGGCGACGAGCGAGACGGUGAGGCGGUCGUUCGAGAUCAUCCUCAAGGACGACAGGGUCCGGGUCGUGUUCGUCAACAUCUUCGGGGGGCUGACGCUCGGGGACAUGAUCGCGCGGGGCAUCGUGCUGGCGUACAACGAGGUCGACAUCAAGGUCCCCGUCGUGGUGCGCAUCCGGGGCACCAAUGAGGAGGAGGGCCAGAGGAUCAUCGCCGAGAGCGGGCUGCCGCUGUACGCGUUCGACGACUUCGAGGAGGCCGCGAAGAAGGCCGUCCAGCUCGCGGGCGGCGUGUCGGGCAGCGUGACCGCGCUGCAGAAGGCCGUCCAGGAGAGCAGGAGGAAGAUCGCUGGGCUCAAGGAUUCCAUCCAGCUUGCGACGACGGAAAUGUUGCGAGAGGCCGGGUCUGAUGUGCCCGAAGCUGGACAUGGUGUUGCCGAGGAGGCCGCAGCUCUGGUUGAGGAGGCUACUGAGGUUGCGGAGGAGGCCGGUGAGCCUACGACUCUGGUCGAGGAGGUUACAGAAGUCACGAGUGAGGAGACCGGCGAGGCUGCGGAGAAUCCUCCUGCACAGCGUGACGCGGCCGAGGAGCAGGUUGACAAGCCCCAGGAGUCUAAGAAGCCCGAAGGGGCUGAUACAACGCAGGCUGUGGGUAGUGAUCAUGUUGCCUGA